AUGAACUAUUGCAAAGGUGUAUAUUUAGGCGUAUCUCAAAAUGAUAAACCUGAGCAUUUGCAGUUACGAUCUUUUGUCAAAAUUUCACAAACUCCUCAUAAUAAUAUUUUCCACCAUUACAAGUUUGAUAGAUUUGGGCAACAGAAAAUAAGACUGAAUAGACCUAGACUCACAGUGCCAGUAACUAAAAUAGAAAAUAGUUCAAUAUGAAGAAUACAAGGACAAAAGCUUGGAGUUUCUCAAUGAUCAAAAGAAGAAAGUUUUAAUGAUUCAAAGCUCAGAUAUUACAUUAAUUAAAGAUUAGGGCUCUUCCUCCUUUUACGUCUCGCCCGAGACGAGUCUUCGUAGAAGACUCAGUUGUGAGCGAACCUCCCUGGAUUGUCAGUAUUUCCACAAAAGACAGCUCUCCUACAGCUUUCGGUCUGGUUCUUAAUGCUGUCUCCGAACCUUGGAUAAUGCAGGUUUAAGACUUGACAGCUGUUGCUUGAGCUAGAGUUCCAGCUAAAAAUAAACUCCCUAGCUAGUAUCGGUGCCAGCUAUGCCUUUUCGUCGGCACUAGUGGGUUCUCAGGGUAAAAAGCCUUUUUUCCCCAAAUCUCCAUCGAGAAACACAAAGUCUUCAUUGCCGGUUGAGGCAGGCAAAACCUAACCGAGACACAAAUGCCCAGUACUUUAGACUCCAUUUCCUGCUUGGUUUGGCUCGAAACAGAUCAGGGAGAGGACAGAUCGGUGAAGUCGCCAUUUUAUUUGCGUAAUUCAAAGCUCAGAAAAAGCUUGAUUGCUACUCAUAUGCACGAUAAUUUUGAAAAUUCUAAGAAAUUAAAGCAAAAAAGGACAAUACUCACACCACAAAUUAACGCAAGAAAGUCAAAACUAGCAAUGUCUUUAAAUCCGAGAAGGAUACAAGCAAAUCUACAAUCACAAGGAUCACAUAGUAAUUCACUUAAUAGUAAUUUGAAUUUAUAUAAAAUCCAAAGGACUAAAUUUGACUUGGAUUUUCAAGAUAUAGAAACCUCCUUGGAGUGGCGCUGCAAGCGCAGGCCGCUCCAUAUGGAAUUCAUGGGUUGGUCGAACCAACGCACAGUUUUGGUUCGACCAACUCCUAUGUUGGUUAAACCAACACAGGAAUUCCGUAUGGAGUGGCCUGCGCUUGCAGCGCCACUCCAAGAAAAGAAGUAUAUAUCUUCAUGGGAUUAUACUCCAGACCAAAAAUAG